CAAACCUGCAUGCUUAACAACCGAUAGCCACCCUGAGAGGAUUUCAGCAGACCUGGAAAGAUAGUCUGGCAGCUGCACUGAAGAGGUGGAUUGGGUGUUUUUUUUUCUGUUAUUGUGGAUAAUUCCGUGCUAAUUUUUUUUGCGUCUGUAGGCGGUGAAUGGUUGGCACAGCAGGCCCAGUGAUUUCUUUGAAAUAUAUGUGAGUCUCAAGAGGACGCCGGUCUGGGAUUACCUAAGACUGAAACAAUAUCGCCCAUUUUUUAGUGACUCAGCGAGCCGGUUACACGACCAGAUAUUUCAUUUUCAGGGUUUCUCGUUGAGAAUGGCAUCUAUCAAGUCCAUCCUCAGCGAAGCUGGACAUUGACACUUCGCGUGGCCACUGAGCCGGACCUUGAAGAUUGAAUGAGCAUGUUUGGCACGGUACCUCCUUGCCUGAAUCCCCACCUUGUAGCAACAGGUUACGCACCUGGCCUCCCUCAAAUGCACUUAUAGCGCGCGGCUUUGACUUUAUUCUCCUCUCGGCACUGCUGAUUUUCCUACAUGUCUCUCACCAUGGUGGAACACAACGGCCUGGACAUUAUGUGCCUGAACAAGUACUGCCACAGUUCCUCCUCUUCGUCCAGCUCAGAGCAAGACAAGAAGAUUUUUUCCAAGCUAAGACUCAGUAUGUUAGGGGAAUAUCCGAGGAAGAACGCAGAGAUCCUCAGCGGUCAGUAUGGCACCAAUUUGCUGCUGAUCGGGGCGGCGUUGAUGCUCGCUAUUGCGCACCAUGGCCCCUCUGUCAAAGAGGAGCACCUGCUGUCCUUCGUCACCAGCCUCAUGAUGCUCCAGUUGAUCUGGAUGAUGUGGUACAUCCUAGUGCGGGACAGACAGAAGAACGUGCGGACUGACAAAGAUGUCCACGCAACAACAUGCUGGAUCCGAGGUGGUUUGACUCUCCUUGCACUCCUUUCCCUCAUCAUGGAUGCUUUCCGAAUCGGGUAUUAUGUUGGCUAUCGGUCUUGUGUGUCAGCUGUGCUCGGGGUAUAUCCUGUCAUUCAUGCAACUCACACCAUAGCACAGGUGCAUUUUCUCUGGUUCCACAUCAAGGAUGUCAUCAAGAGCUUUGAAACAUUCGAGAGAUUUGGUGUAAUCCAUGCUGUGUUUACCAACCUCCUCCUGUGGUGCAAUGGUGUGAUGUCAGAGGCCGAACACUUCUUGAACAACCACAAGAGAGACUCUCUGCCUGGCUACGGAAACCUUAGCAUAGUUCACCCAGAGCCUCACUGUAACUGCACCACCAACUGCUCCAUGUUCUCCAGCAGCCUUUACUUUCUGUAUCCCUUCAACAUUGAGUACCACAUCUUCGUCUCCGCCAUUCUCUUCGUUAUGUGGAAGAACAUUGGACGGACCAUUGACCUCUCUUUAAAUCGGAAAACUUGCACCAAAACCCAGAACCUGAAUGUAGGCCCCAUUCUGGGUCUUCUUGCACUGGCCAGCACUAUCGGGAUCCUGGUAGUCUACAACCAUGUAGAGGAGUCCCUUCAAACGCGUCAGUCAGCUAUUUCCAUGUUCUACAUUUAUGGCAUUGUCAUGCUGGUGUUCAUGUGCUUUGCUGGUGCUUCAGGUCUGCUCGUAUACCGGGCGGACCACGUGCCACUGGACACCACCAAGAACCCGUCCAGACAGCUGGACACAGAGCUGCUCUUUGGGUCCUCAAUUGGCUCCUGGCUCAUGUCAUGGUGCAGCAUAGUGGCUGUGUUUGGCACCAACACAAAUCCACCAUAUCGCUGGACCAACCUGGUCUACUCCCUGCUCAUUGUGCUGGAGAAGUACGUCCAGAAUCUCUUCAUCAUUGAGUCACUCUAUCGUCAGCAAGGGGACAGGGAGAGGGACGACCCUGAGCUACCGGCUGCUCCAGAAAUCUUCUCGGUGACGUCCUCAUUGGCUCCACCGUACAACGGCAUCAUCAACCGCGCUUAUGAGACCCCGGACAGGGCCUGUGUCACAAUCGAGAAUGAUCAGGAGGAGAUUGGACAGGUGUACAAAUGUCCGAGGAAACCUUCUGAAGUGCCACUACCUGUUGGGAACAAAGUGGUGGAGCCCCGAAAUAUUAAGAGGCAAAUCCUGAAGAACAUUGCUGUGUUCCUGCUGAUGUGCAACAUUUCGCUGUGGAUCCUUCCUGCCUUUGGCUGCCGGCCACAAUAUGACAAUGGGUUGGAACAGGAGACAUUUGGCUUCAGCAUAUGGACCACAGUUCUCAAUUUCGCCAUUCCCUUGAACCUUUUCUACCGGAUGCAUUCAGUGGCCUCCCUCUUUGAGGUGUUCCGCCGGGUCUGAUAGCGUAACAGAUGACUGACAAUGCCUGAUAACAUGCACAAGAACACUUGUCACCACUGGCUCCUGAGAGUUUUUGUCACAGCGCAGGUCAACCGUUCAGGAGGCAGUCUGUGUCACACUCUGGCAGACAUGAAGAAAGCUGUGGAAGAAAACAAAAACAUAAAUCCCUCAGUGAGGGAAUAACAGAGGAAGACCAGCCUAUUAGCCUAUGUUCCUUGAACAAUUACUUUAAAUAAUGUGGACUUAUAAUGAUGGGGAUGAAAGGGAUCUUUGGUUUUUACUAUUUGAAAGAGCCCUUUGUACUCUUUGCCCUGUAGACACCUUUCUGUAGGUUUUCCUCUGAUGUGCAUCAUGUAAAAUUUAGAGGCUGUAUUUUAAAUAAAAUAUUUGUACUGUUUCAUAUAAAAUAACUAAAAGUGCCCAGUAGAUUACAGCUAAACAGUACACUACAAAUGAACCACUGGACUACUGGUUAGUGUCAAAUACCUGAAAAGGUAAUACAACUCUACUGAGCUGUUUCAUAAGACUGUAUGUUUAUCAGUGAGCCCCUUCACUCAUAUUUUACUAAUGUGGAAUAUUCAACUAUUAUUGGAUGUGGUUCUCAUUUUAUUCUUUUAGUAGUUUAAUUAUUUGGAUGGACUUGAGCAACAAAAACAGUGACAAUCUUAGCACUAUACUUUGAAUAACCUUUAUGAGUUGGUAUAAAGUUCUCAGACAUAGCACCUGCCUGUGUCAGUCGUUUAAGGUUCAUCAGUGCCUUCUGGUAUUCUAUUGAUCUGUCCUGUCAGGUUGAAUGGUGAGUAUUAUGUUACUGCAAAAUGAUGUUACUAGGCAGCACUAUUUUGAUUGUAAUGCAGUCCUAGGAUCUUUAUUUUGAGAACUGUGAGGGAAGAUCAACAUUUUCCAGCUUUAUGUGUGUUUCAAAACUGGGAACCUUGUUUCAGAAUACAUCUAGGAUUAUUAAACCAAUAUGAAAUUACAUAUAAUUUGUUGAGAAACAUAUGAUGCUGUCACAAUGACCUCUCCACCAGACUACAAAUAUUUGUAUUCACCUGAAAGAUCAGCAACACGUAAACAUCCCAUUCUGUGAGAUCACUUUCAUUUGUUAGAAAACAUUCUCUUCUACUGAACAAUUGUAUAUCACAAUAUGCAGAACUGCAUAACUUUAGCUGGUCCAGCAAUCCUCAACCUGGUGCUACUCACUGUAUAUAUUCUUGAUAUGUGUUCUCAUUAUGUGCCAAUUCAUGGUAAAGUCCUCUUGGUUUAAGGUGCAAAAUGCCAUAUCAUAUCACAUUUUAAAAUAAUCGAUCAAAAUCAACCACACACUGUGAUAUGAUUUUGUGAAAUUGCAAUAAAAUGGUGCUCUAUAAAAUGAUGUGUACAAU